AUGAACUCUGCCACCUCCAACUUCGAGGUAGACGCGAGCGGCGUCUCACCCAAGCAACUCCACGGCAUCAUCCCAUCUCUCAAGCUCGCCGACGGCAAUGAGAUCCCCAUGCUUGGCUACGGCCUGGGCACAGCCAACUACAAAUCCGGCGCCGCCCUCGACACCAUUUCCGAGCCCAUCAUCGCCGCCACCGUGACCGCCUUGAGCGCGGGCUACACGCACCUCGACGGCGCCGAAGCCUACGGCAACGAGACCGAGCUCGGCCGCGCCAUCAAGCAAUCCAAGCUCCCCCGCUCCCAGCUCUUCAUCACCACCAAGACCACCGUGCGCGCCGGCGAGACCGUCACGCAGGCCUUCAACCGCUCGCUCGAGAAGCUCGGGCUCGACUACGUCGACCUGUACCUGCUGCACUCACCCUUUUUCGCCAAGAACGCCGAGGAGCUGCACCAGGCCUGGCGCGAGAUGGAGAAGAUUAAGGACAGCGGUAUGGCCAAGUCGAUUGGCGUUUCCAAUUUCCUGAUCGAGCAUCUGCAGACGCUGUUCGACAUCCCGGGCGGGUUGCAGUACCCGCCGGUCGUGAACCAGAUCGAGUAUCACCCUUACCUUCAGCACGUGGUUGAGGGUGGUCAGGAUCUGAUCGCCUACUGCCGGGAGAAGCAUAUCGCUAUUGAAGCUUAUUCGCCGCUGACGGCUAUCACCAAGGCUAGCCCCGGACCCGUGGAUCCGAUCUACACGAAGCUGGCUAAGAAGUACGGUGUCAGUGAGGCCGAGGUUGCGCUGAGGUGGUGUCUGGAUCAGGGCAUCGUGACGCUUACGACGAGUAGCAAUGAGGAGAGGCUGAAGGGAUAUCUGAAGAAGCUGCCUAGCUUCAAGUUGACGCCCAAGGAGGUGGAGGAUAUCGCGGCCGCGGGUAAGGAGAAGCAUUAUAGGCAGUUCUGGACUCAGAAGUUUGAUGCGAACGACAGGCGUUAA